CCAGGCUCCAAACAGAUUCAGUGUCCGGAGCUCCAGCCCACGAGCUUGGCUCGACUCCAGCCUUCUCCUGACAGGGCCUGAAUUUACUGCUGCUGCUCUGGGAGUCAAAUUUCAUGCAACCAUUCCAAUGGUGUAACGGAUGCCUGUGUGGUUUGGGUACUCAGCGCUCUGAACACUACUGCAGCAUGACUUCUGACAUAUAUCACCUCCCACUCAAUGUGUAUGUCAUUGUGCUGGGCAUCGGCCUCUUCGUCUUCAUGCUCAGCCUCAUCUUCUGCUGCUACCUUUUCAGGUUGAAACAACAAGGAACACGGGAGCAGUUCAGCUACAAUGAGGUGGUGCUGAAGGGGGCAAGCAAGAAACUGAGCCUCCUAGGACAAACCUGUGCGGUAUGUCUGGAAGAAUUCAGGACCAGGGAUGAACUGGGAGUGUGCCCAUGCUCACAUGCAUUUCACAAGAAGUGCCUGCUUAAGUGGCUGGAGAUUCGCAGCGUGUGCCCCAUGUGCAACAAACCCAUCCUCCGGCUCCACACAGACGCUCCCCAGGGUGCUGAGGGCCCAAUGGACCCAGAGGAGGUGUGAGGGAGUUGAGAAAGAGGAAACCGGACUCCCCUUACAGAAAACACACACAUUAAACACACUAAGGAUGAUGGACAGCGCUCAUCUUUAAGACAUCUCACAGGAAAUGUUGAUAAUGAUCCCAAGUGGCCGCCCUGCUGCUGACAUUUGAGCAGUAUGCCUUGGUGGGAAUUGGAAACUGACAGCACCAAAAUGAUUUGGUCAGAUCAGUCAGGGAGUGGGUGGAUGAAUAGGAUCUUUUCAUAAAAAUGCUCCUAGUUCUACUUCCAUAUUGCACUGUUCAACAAAAAACAAAAAAGACAGGAAAAGGAGCCACAUUAGAGAGAAGGCUAUCAUUGCCACCGUCACUGGACGACUAGUGCAGCACUGCCAGAGACCAACAACCCUUCAGGCAUUGAGUAGGACAUCAGAGUACAGGAUCAGAAUGGAUACCUCUAAUAUCUCAGGGGUGUUACCAAUACAGCCAGCACAAACCAUGUCAGCCACCCUAUAACCCUGUGCCACACAUGCAUCUUCAAUACUGCCAAUGUAGGUGAAAUGCUCCAGCAGUCAGAGGUAGCCACAACCUCCGGCUGAAACCAAGACCAGCGGGAUUACAACCAUGAAGAUUUAAGUAGACAGCAUUGUUACCGAUUGUGUCCUCGGCCCUGUCCUUUUAAAAAGAGACUGAUAGAAAAACUAGUCUUGCCUGUAUGUAUUGUAUGUAAACAUGUCCCCUAUAUAUUGUUAUUUUGUAUUUGUUGCUUUUAAAUAAAACGUCACGUAAUGUAUGGUAA